AUGGCGUGCGAUGAAACAGGCAAGAAGUACGAUGCAUUCCUGGCAUCUGUGUCUCUGAUCAAGCAGAUCACGCGUAUCCUGGGGCCUGGCCUCAACAAGGCUGGGAAGUUCCCCUCGCUGCUCACACACAACGAGAACCUCAGCACUAAGGUGGAUGAGGUCAUAUCCACCAUCAAGUUUCAGAUGAAGAAGGUGCUGUGUCUGGCUGUGGGUCACUUAAAGAUGACAGGGAAGGAGCUGGUGUACAACAUCCACCUGGCCAUCAACUUCCUGGUCUCUCUGCUCAAGAAGAACUGGCAGAAUGUACAUGCUCUCUACAUCAAGAGCACCAUGGGCAAGCCCCAGAGACUACUAGUCUCUACCAGUGUUCAUUUUGUCACGCUUCUUUAG